AUGGAGAAAGAUCGAGCGGUAAAAGAGAAUGAUACACUGCGUGGUCAAAUUUCUAAUGAAGACAUUGAGGAUUUGUUGGAUCAGUUGAAUGGCUGCAAGCGAGAGAAUCAGAGACUGCAGGGGUUGCUAAGUGAGGGCGGUUCUCGGCAUUUCGAUGAGAUGUUUGAUGAACUUAAUGAAUUACGAUCCAAGAUGAAUGAAUGCGAAGAAGAAAAAAAGAAACUAAACGACAGAGUACAGGAGUUGGAAAAGCUUCUUCAGGCCAAAAAGCAGGAGGCAGUUGACUCUUGUCAGGCUCGUGUGGCCGAAUUGGAACAACAGGUGGCGAAGUUGACCAAGGAGUUGGAGGACAGCAUAAACAAUUGUGCACAACAGGUUGCGGAGAUGAAGAACCAAAUAAAUAAAGACAAAGUUGACUUAGAUGAGCAACUGGACAAAACGAUAGCGAGUCAGGAAGACAAACAGAAAGACCAGGAGAGUGUUAUCAAUAAUUGCCAGCAACAACUUGACGAACUCAAAGCCCAGUUGAUGCAGGAGGUUGAAAAGUGCCGAAAAGAGAAGGAAGAAAUGCAGAAACAUGUGUCGAAACUUGAGGAUGCUAAGGAUGAUCUUGGAAAAGCCGAAGACGAAAUUGUUCAGGAUCUCAGUGAUAUUGAACAACGUCUGGAGCAAUGCAUGCGAGAGAAUCAGACUCUCCAGAAAGAACGCGAUGACUUGGGUAAUCAACUGAAAGAAGCGAAAAUCACCGCUCAAAAUGAGAUCGAUAAACUGCGCGAUGAAAUGAAACAAAAAGAAGCAAGGGAAAAGGAAGCCGCAUCCGUACAGGAGAAAGUAGAGAAUAUCGCAAUUGAUGUUAAUAAUGGGGAUGAACAGUUGAAAGCUACAGAUUGUUCAGCGUACAUCAAAAAAAUCGAUGAGUUGAAAGCGGCGAUUGCUAAACACUUAGAAGAAAUUAAAAAGCAAGCAGACCUCCUGGACAAUCUGAAGAAAGAAGUAGAAGCAGCGAAGGUUGCGAAAUCCGAACUCGAAUCCGAAUUAGCAAGAACAAAAGCUGAUAAGGAAUCUGCAAAUCAAGCACUGAAAGACCAGCAACUCGAGAACCUCGUGAAAGACAUUGAAAAUGAACGUAAGAAAAAUAAGGAGCUGGAAGGACUGAUUGCUGAGCUGGAGCAAAAAAUUAAGGACCUUCAAAAUAAGCCUGCUACGAUAGCGCCGUCCACAGAUAUAAAUGUUCAAGGUGCUGUUGAAAAAGUAAAGGAUCAAUUACAGGCGGAAACCAAUAAAAAUAAUACUUUGAGUGCUGAAUUGCAAGCAUGCAAGGCCUCUUUGGCUGAUGCGCAGAAAAAGCUGGAAGAGACUCAGAAAGCUUUGCAGCAAGCAAGGAUCGAAAUUCCACAAUCAGAUUGCGAGAGGGAGCUCGCAAACUGCAGGACAUAA